AUGCGUUUCGCUGCUUUUCUCUCUUUGGGCUUUGGCACUAAUAUCGCAAUCGCAAGCGUAUGCAAGCCGCGAAGUCGAACAUCGAGCGACCCCAGCAGUGUAUCUACCGAGUCUGUGUCUACCAUAAGUACUGACAUUGCGCUAACGACUACAACCUACGUCGAAUUGUCUAUCACUCUUACAUCUACAGGCGACGAUAAAACUUCUACCGAGGUGACCGAGUCAGGAAGCGCUACUGCUGAGAUCUCAGCUUCCACUGCUAUAGAGACCACUAAGACUGCAAUCUCUACUGCAACUGCCGAGACCACUGUGACCGCUGAGGCCACGACAUCUGCCGACGCAACCACGACUACUGAAGACACAUUUGUGCCGAUUCCAACCUUCAAUAUCAAGGCUCUCGGCUCAGAUGUCGACGGCCAGUUACUGCGAGGCGAUCCAGUUACCUAUAACAGUAUCGGCUGGUUCACACCCUCUCCUCCAAUUUUGACUUUCACUAUCGAAGCCAGCAACAACUAUGUACGAGAGAUCAACACGGGGAAAUACCUGUGUGUUUCAUUUGGGGGCGAUGGUUUCCCCAACAGCAAUACGCUCUGCACCCCUGGCCAAAUGGCUGGAAUAGAACCCCUCACAUGUGAACAAAAUCGCGACCGAAAGCUUAAGUGCUCUGCACCAGCUGGUGAAUGCCACUUGGACGAGAUGACAGAUAGCACCGCUUGUUAUGCGGUUCCUGGUACCUGGGACAAGUUCUAUAGGAUUCGUGGUAGGAUAAUUAACACUCCUGCUCUUGUCAUGACAUCAAGCGGCAGUCCUCCCUGGGCCGAGUUUGAAGCCAUCGAGCUUAAACUCGCUCCCUAUGUAGAUUAG